UGAUUCGAUCUGAAAACGAACCAACAGCCACCGCAGAUCCGAGCUCCCCUCCGUCCUCCCGGGCCACGGCGAUCACCACCGCCGCGGCGCUGCCCAUACCCAUUCCUGAGCCACUCGCCCGGCAGCAUCGCCGCGGCUGCGGGCGGGCGGCCAUGGAGGACUACCCGGAGGAGCUGCGGACGCCGCCGCUGUCGCUCGUGUCCAUCGUGGGGUGCCCAGAGCUGCACCCCUCAAUCUCGGCGUCGCUCAGCUCCCAGCAGCCGCCCAUGAACACCCUGGCGCUCCCGGACUUCGCCAAUGCCUCCAUCCUCGCACGCAGCGGCAAGACCCGCGACCCACUCGCGUCGCCGCAGGCCCCCGCUGGAAUCCUCAAGAAGGACUGGCUCCUCAAGCACCGCACCCGUUUCCCGGUUGCCGUUGCCGCGCUGUUCCGGGUCGAUCAGGUCUCCGGCGACCCCGCUCAGUGGCUCCAGGCCUGCUCGGAUCUCGAGAACCUCAAAUCUGUAAUUCAGGGGAAAAACACUAAAUUAGUGGUGGUCCUUAUACAACCUCAAGCUGGUGAUGAGCUGAGCGAGGAUGUUACGGUUGCCCUCAGAAAACGUGCGGAAAUUGAUUCUAAGCACCUGGUUGUGUUGGUUGAGCAAGACGAAACAGAAUGGAACAGAUCUCUCAACAAAUUGAAGAAUGUUUUUGCCAAGUUAUGUUCAUCAUUCUAUAUAGAGGAAGGGCGAAGAAUAAAGGCUCGCAUUGAGAAGAGGAGCUUUUCUUCCGUCGCCCUGAGUAUCCGCUACUGCUUCAAGGUUGCUGUUUAUGCGGAGUUCAGAAGGGAUUGGCCAGAAGCAUUAAAGUUCUACGAGGAAGGCAUUUGGGUUUUGCGUGAGAUGAUUGCAACUUCAACAAGGUUGCCUCCAACCCAGCGCCUAGUUGAGAUAAAAGCAGUUGCUGAGCAAUUUCACUUUAAGAUAUCAACUUUGCUACUUCAUGCCGGGAAAGUAGUAGAAGCAAUCACAUGGUUCCGUAAGUAUAUCAGAAGUUAUGAGCGGGUUGUCGGAACACCAGAAGUUGCUUUUCUUCAUUGGGAAUGGUUUAGCAGGCAGUUCCUUGUCUUUGGCAAGCUGAUAGAAACAACAUCCGCAACUGUUCCAGAUACACUAUCUCCUCGAUUUGGUACUGCUGACAAUGCAUUGACUGAAUGGGAAUUUCAGCCAGCUUACUACUAUCAGUUAGCAGCAACUUACUUGAGAGAGAAGAGGUAUGCCAUAGAGUGCUCUUCGUCAACGGUAAACCUUACCACUGGAGUUAAUGGAAUACCUGAGUCAGUAAUGCCUUCUGUAUAUGUUGGCCAAUAUGUGCGCUUGUUGGAGCAAGGAGAUACAGUUACUGUGCUGCCCCUUGCUGAUACUGAAUACACCAGCUAUGCUUUGUCAGAAGCUGAAAGGUUUCAAGAUUCUUACGAGAUAAUUGCAUUGUUCAGAAAAGCUUAUGAAUCAUUUCAGAGCAUAGGUGCAACAAGAAUGGCUUCUGCCUGUAGUGGUGGAAUGGCCAUAGAAUACUAUGCAGCUGGGGAUUUUAGCAAUGUAAAACAACUUUUUGAUGGUGUUGCUGGUCUAUACCGCCAAGAGGGUUGGACCACCUUGCUUUGGGAAAACCUAGGGUACUUGAGAGAGUGCUCAAGGAAACUAAAUUCUCUGAAGGAUUUUAUCACUUAUUCCCUAGAGAUGGCUGCAUUACCAUUAUUUUCUGGUAGUGCAGUGGAAAAUCGAGAAAAUAAAAGUAAGAUUGGGCCUGCAGGUUCUCCUACGAUUUCCAUGAGAGAGAACAUACAGCAGGAAAUUAUUAAUAUUUUGGUAGGAAAACAGUCACCAGAAGGAAUUGAUGAUGGAUUUAAUAAUGGGAUGGAAGAAUUUACUCACCUUGAUAUUGAUCAAAUAAGUCCGCUAAGAAUGGUGCUUAUCACAUCUGUUGCUUUUCAUGAUCAGUCUGUAAAACCUGGUUCACCUCUGCUUGUCAGUGUGUCACUGUUAUCUCAUCUUCCAUCUCCAGUUGUGAUUGAUCAGUUGGAGGUUCAAUUUAAUCAGUCUGACUGUAACUUUGUGAUACUUAGUACACAGGAAGAUUCUCCUUUGAAUUCAAAUUUGCAUGACCAAGCAGUUGAAGCUACUUCUUCUCUUACACUGUUCACCAAUAAAUGGAUGCGGUUGACACAUGAAGUUAAAUCAGGACAGAGUGGAAAGCUAGAAUGUUUGUCGGUGAAGGUGACGAUAAAUAAACACCUUGUGAUUUGCUGCCAAGCUGAAAGUCCUGCUUCCAUGGAAGACUUCCCAUUAUGGAAAUUUGAGGACCAAGUGGAGACAGUGCCUACAAAGGACAAUAUUCUUGACUUUUCUGGGCAGAAACUGAUCCAAGUUGAAGAGCCAGACGCUCAAGUUGACCUUGUCUUAAAUUCUGCUGGUCCUGCAUUAGUUGGAGAGUUAUUUAUUGUACCAGUGACCAUAUUGUCAAAAGGGCAUGCAGUUCAUUAUGGUGAGCUGAAAAUUAACCUUGUGGACGCCAGAGGUGGUGGUCUAUUGAUGAGUCCAAGGGAAGCAGAGGAAUCUGAGAGUCAUCAUGUUGAGCUUCUUGGUGUCUCAGCUAUGUCCGAGGACAAAGAUUUAAAGGAAGGGGUUGAUAGCAUAAAAAAGAUUCAGUACUCAUUUGGGGUCGUAUCUGUUCCCAAAUUGAGUGUGGGUAAUUCCUGGUCAUGCAAAUUAGAGAUCAAAUGGCAUCGAGCAAAGUCAGUCAUGCUUUAUGUUUCACUUGGUUAUUCCCUAGGCUCAAGUGAAGAAGCAGCAUUGCAUAGGCUUAACACACAUAGAAGCUUGCAAAUCGAAGGGAAGAUGCCCUUGAUAGUUAGUCACCAGUUUUUGAGACCAUUUAGGCGGGAACUCCUGUUGCUAUCUGGGAUCAGAUCCUCAAGUGGCGAUGAUAGAAAUUGUUCUCUUGCUAUGAAUGAGUCUAAUAUGCUUAUUGUGAAUGCUAGAAAUUGCACAGAGGUGCCUUUGCGUUUGCACUCGAUGACUAUCGAACCUGAUAAUGAUGGAAAUCAGCUCUGCUCAGUGCAUCAGAUCAGCGGGAUUUCCAGUGGACAUGCUGUUAUUGGUCCUAGUGAAGAAUACAAAGGAAUAUUUUCAGUCCACCCACGGGCUAUCAAUUCAAACUUCAAUCUAGGUGAAAUUUGCCUGAACUGGUCAAGAGAUUCAAGCCUUGGAGAGGAUCAAGAGAGCCAUGUUAUCAUGAAACAAAGGUUACCUGAGGUCAAUAUUGAGGAGCCGCCGCUUGUUUUGAGCAUGGAGUGCCCUCCCUAUGCUAUCCUUGGAACCUCUUUCACUUUCUAUGUGAAGAUCCACAAUUCAACGUCCUUGCUUCAGGAAAUCAAGUAUUCCCUUGUUGAUUCUCAGAAUUUCGUUUUUUCUGGGGCUCACAAUCAUGCUGCGUUCAUUCUGCCGAAAUCAGAGCAUAUUGUUAGUCAUAAGCUUGUGCCGCUUGGUUCCGGCUCUCAACAGUUGCCAAGGAUCACAGUAACUUCAGUGAGGAGCUUCGACGACGGGUUUCCGAACCUGUUCAUCAACAAGGCACACGACAUCCGGGGGCAGCACGUGGCGUUCCUGGCGUCCUUCAGCUCGCCGGCGGUCAUCUUCGAGCAGAUCUCCGUCAUUUUCGCGCUGCCCAAGCUGUUCAUCGCCUCCUUCACGCUCGUGCUGCCCUUCUUCCCCACGGGCUCCUUCGAGCGCGUCGAGGAAGAAGGGGACGUCGCAACCGCGUUCACCCUCGCGCGCAUCCUCUCCAUGAUUCCCAAGUCCCGCGGUGGGCCAACCAGCGUCGUCAUCUACGACAUCCACGCGCUCCAGGAGAGGUUCUACUUCGGGGACGACGUCCUGCCGUGCUUCGAGACCGGUAUCCCGCUCCUGCUGCAGCGCCUGCGCCAGCUCCCAGAUGCAGACAAUAUUACGAUUGCCUUCCCUGAUGAUGGGGCGUGGAAGCGGUUCCACAAGCAAUUACAACACUUCCCAAUGGUAGUCUGUGCCAAGGUUCGUGAAGGGGACAAGAGGAUAGUUCGAAUUAAGGAAGGAAAUCCUGAAGGGCGGCAUGUUGUUAUUGUUGAUGAUUUAGUGCAAUCUGGGGGAACUCUUAGAGAAUGCCAGAAAGUGCUGGCUGCUCAUGGUGCUUCAAAAGUCAGUGCCUAUGUGACUCAUGCUGUGUUCCCUAAGCAGUCAUAUGAACGCUUCAUGGCCUCUAAUUCUGCUGGGCCGGGUGACCAGUUUGCUUACUUCUGGAUCACAGACUCUUGCCCUCACACGGUAAAAGGCAUUGGCCAACAACCUCCAUUUGAGGUGCUGAGCCUUGCUGGCUCGAUAGCGGAUGCCCUUCAGAUAUGAACUUGUACUAGGAGAUGGGCAUCAACUGCAGAUGCCCAUCAGAUAUGAACUUGUAAUAGGUGGUGGGCUGCUCCUGUUUACCUAAAUGUAAGAGUUCAUUUCCAGCUCCAGCAAAACAAAUAAUGUGGAGCAAGUGAUAUGAACUUGUACUAGGUGAUGGGCUGCUCUAAUUACUACUGCAGAACCUGGAGCUUCCAUAAACAACCCGACGAUGUGAUAAUAAAAUCAGCCAUUGGAUGUUCUCUUU